AGUAAACACAAUUUACUGUAGUAAACGUCGACAAUUGCAUUACUGGGGACGAGAUUCAUGUGGUCCAACAUUAACUAAGUGUCGUUAACUCGCUAAGCGCUUUGCGCGUUCGCAAAAUUUCUUGUUGAAUUCUUAUUUCCUGACCUACCCGUGCAGCACUUCCCCAUAUCCAAAUGCACGUGAACGACGACAUUCGGGUAACAUUCAAGAUGGGGCUGCUACUAGCAAGUGUUGGCUCCGCGUUUUUCCCGCUUGUUUACUUCACUUUACGGCAAGUUCUGAAGAAACGGACAGCGCAUCUUGCCAAUUCUGCCGAACUGGUUUCUGUGGUGGCGAUGAGGUUGACAUCGUUGCUGCAAGCGGUGAUGUCAUCUCUGGCUGGCUUCAUAGCUAUUUGCUCAUGCAACACUGACCUGGUAAAUGAUAGACACUGGAUUAUCAAUGCCUACACUCACUUCGGCCUGCCGUACAUGCUCUAUGACAUCGUGGCAAUGUGUGAGGCCUUCCGUCAAGAGAACAAACAUCUUUUACAAUCAUCACUCCUUACGGCAGUUGUGGAAUUUGUGAAAGAUCACUGGCUGAUGAUACUUCAUCACUUAGGUCUUGCCUGUAUAUGUCUACCCAUUCUCCUGUUUUUCCGUAAUGACAAAGGCGAUUUUUUCAUUGGCUGUAUGUUUAUGACUGAAGUCAGCACACCCUUUGUCAGCUUAAGGGCAAUUAUGAGAAAGAUCAAAUGGGACAAGCAGUACCCUAAUCUGUUCCUCUUUGUCAGCGUGAUGCUUCUGGUGACGUUCUUUGUGUUCCGUAUCCUAAACUUCCCUUUCAUGUACUGGAUCUACGGCCGUUCCAUCGGCGUGUCCGUCUGGGAGGUUCCUGGGCGGAUAUUUGUCAAAUGUAACGUCAUCUCGGGACUCAUCUUCCUCUUCCAGUGUUACUGGUUCUUGCUGAUUCUGCAAGCAGGCGGAAGGAUGUUGAGCAAGAUGUCAAGCAAACCGCCCAGUCAUCUGGAGACCAACGGCGUGAUGCACAAAGCACACUGAGAUCCAUCAGCAGUGCAGGCGUGUUAUAGUGUCAGUUCUUACAGGGUGAGUGCCGUGCAUCUUGCCAACUGUUUCACUUCACAAGCUGCAGCCAAAGUGUAUGAAUGUUUCCUGUUCCCUCUGGUUUCAUGUAAACUUGUAGUAAAAUUUGCCUCAAAGGAAAGUACUUGGCUUUCCAACUUUGAUCUGCUCAUGCCAGACCAGUCUGUCAGCACACAGUUAUUGCAACAUCCUAUGAGAGCAGUUACGUUGUAAUAUAGGGGGUUUCUGUACUAGUUUUUAUGUCUCAGCUGAGAGGUCUGCUUUAAUGGCUCGGUCAACAUUGUACUUUCUGAUGGUGAGAGGGAGAAAGUUACUGUAGGGGGAGGGCAUGUCAUGUCCAUGCCUUUUAGGUACACAUUCUUGUUGAUGUGCAAGUGAACCUGUUAACAUAAACCAAUAUCAUUCAGCUCUCUGAACUGGUCUCUCAAAAGGCCCCUUAACAGCCCAUUAUUGGCUAUUUUGAUUCCGCAAACAGCUUUUGAAUUUUGAAAAGGAGCUUGACAACAUCCUUGAUAACCAGAUGCUAAUCAAGCCGUUUUAUUUUACGUCAGUUGCAAUCAGGACAUUAGUGAUUUUCACCAGUGAUCCCUUAAUCACAUUCGUUGUCAAUUCCUGCACUUGUAAGAUCUUAGACACCAGUUCCAAAGUUCGUUGACUGCACAUGUCAUCAGCAUCAGAUGCCAGUGAUUAGUACAUUGACCCACGAAAAUGUAUAUUCUUAAAAGCAUGGUAUUACAUUUGGGAAGCUUUUCCAGUCAUUUGAGGAAGAUCGCAAUAUUACAUGUGCGUGGAUUUGUUUAUGCAAAUAAAGUAGCGUUUACCAUAGCAGGGCCAUUUA